AUGUGUCAAAAUGGGCGAUGUCUUCAUCUGCAAGGCACCGUCGAUUUUGAGAAAAUUGGAGGGUUUUUGGAAAAAGGGGCAAUAGAUGGAUAUUGGUGUGCUAUCGCUGGUAUAGGUGGAGGUUGGGUUGGACUUGCGCUUUACACCACAUCAAGUUGGGGAAAGAAAUUACAAUCUUUUAGGGUUGCAAAGCAGGUCUAG